AUGAAGAAGAGAUUCUACUAUUCGGACCCAGGGAUGGCUAUACUGUCCUUCAUCUACCUCGCCUUAGGAAUAUUGGUGGUUUCCCAUGAAUCCAUCUCUUGGUAUCUCGGUGUCGGUAACAACCAGCUCAUUGUCGUCGGAUUCCUGCUCAGCAUCACGAGUUUAUGCUUAGGCAGCGUCGCGCCGAUCCUGUUCAUUCUCAUAGAGGCCAGAUUUGGCAAGUCCACUAUCCAGAACUACGACGGGCUUCUGCGCAACAAGCCUACUGCCUCGAGACUUGGUAUGUCUUGGAGAGUGGCGCUCAUCCUCAUGUUGGCUCUUCCAAUUGCUCUCAGCGUCGCGUACAAGACCUUCACUGGUGGCGAGAGUCAGAUGGAGAUCGACAGCUUUGACUACAUCUCCAAUAAGACCUAUUAUGGCAUGUUCCAGCCGCCUGGCAUACUUUCGUUCAACGGCGUCUCUGGGUUUCUCAACGCAGCCACGGCUUUUCGGGAAGCCACAAAACUCAGCUCAAAUGGCUCUGAGCCACCUUUUCCAACACUGCCGAGCACAUAUGGCUACAAUAUCUUACUGUUGAAUGUAACAAGCGCCGCGGCGCUUGAUACUAUCCAGGCAUUUUAUGUGAUCGCAAUACAGGAGCGUCUCGCAAUAGGUGAAUCAUGGACCAUCACUGCACCGGUGACAGGGACAGUAGCCACCUUCAAUAAGAUGAUAGACUCGGAUCGACAGACAUUCGAAAGCGACUUCGUGUCUCAUUUCCUGAACAGAAACGCCUGGGGUUUCGAUACCAAAGACAUGUUCAACGGGUGGUCACUCACACUCACGAACCGGAAAUCUGACUCGGAUCAAUCGAUACAGUAUAUUGGACUGGAAUCAACCAACCCGGAAUGCAUUCAGUCCCGUUGGAUGCAGCCAUGUAUGGCCACAUCGGUCGCUGCGAUGCUGUGGUCAAGGAACGCAGUCAUGAAAGGCUCGGGGGCCUUCAACUCGGAAGAGUUCGAUGUGAGUUCUAUGCCCUGGGAGUUGAAAAAUGAGACCAAGGUACCUUACAAAGACGUCCGAGUCAAGUACAGAGUCCAUCAAGCCGAGCAGAUCAUAUUCUAUAACAGACCAACGUUACGGGAAUCACCUGGGCUAUAUCUGGUGCUUGCCAUCCAGCCAUUCUUGAUAGUCAUCAUCCUGGGACUAUCUUCCAUGCGUCACUCGGAGCCCCUGGGCAAGGGAUUCGGCCUCGUCUCGACCUUUUCGGGAAUCGACAGUCAGAGCCUGAGCAGCUUGGCGGGAGCAUCUCUUCCAGGGGAGCUUUCGCGGCCUCUCAAGCUUACAAUGUCUCACGUUCAAACUGGCGGCACAAACACGAUACAUUGUCGUGCAGGAACAUCUUCAGAAGGGCGUAAGCGAAAUGGGAAGCUAUCUAGGAACGUUGUUGAUCAUUGA